CGGAUGUGGCGGGCGGACGCGCUUCCGGCCGGGCCUGAGCGGAAAUGGCGGCGGUGGCGGCUGCGGCUGCGUCCGCGCUUCGGCUUCUUGCCUCGUCCAGGCACACUCUCCUGUCUCCCUUUGUGGGCGGUCCAUCGUCCAGACGAUUCUUCCGAGGGGAGAGCCCGUCAGACUCUCAAAAGGAUAUGCUUGAAAUCCCCUUACCCCCCUGGGAGGAGCGAACAGAUGAGCCGAUUGAAACCAAGAGGGCUCGCCUGCUCUAUGAGAGCAGGAAGCGAGGCAUGCUGGAGAACUGCAUCCUGCUCAGCCUCUUUGCCAAGGAGAAUCUACACCAAAUGACGGAGAGGCAGCUGAACCUCUAUGACCGACUGAUCAAUGAGCCCAGUAACGACUGGGAUAUCUACUACUGGGCAACAGAAGCAAAGCCAGCCCCUGAGAUCUUUGAAAACGAUGUCAUGGCGAUGCUGAGAGACUUUGCCAAGAAUAAGAAUAAGGAGCGGAGGUUGCGGGCCCCAGAUCUCGAGUACCUCUUUGAGAAGCCAAGCUGAGCUUUAUUCUGGCCUGGCCCAAGGGCAGCACCCUGCAAGGACAAAUGUUAGACCCUGGUCACAGCUGCAGUGCCCAGGGAAAUCUUCACCUGCUGCUUCCCACCACCGAGCCGGGCUGUAGCAGGCCCCAUGUCCCAGAGUAUGGCCUUCACUCAUCACUUCUCAUAAAAUGACUCCUUAUAUCUCA